AUGAUGGAGAGCAUGACCCAGCUGAUGUUCAAGGGCUACGAGGAGGCCCGGGUGGCCCUCACCACGCUGCUUUUCACCGUGCCCUGCUGCAUCCUCAUAGGCGUUGAGUACGGCGUGUUCGACAACGGCGAGCUCGUGCAGCAAUUCCAGGACGUGCGGGACCUCAAUCUCCUGACGGACUACCGGGACCAGCUCUGGGCCGCGGUCUGCUUCAGCGUGAUCAACAGCAUCGAGAAGAUCCUCAGGUUUUCCCUCGUGGACCCCUGGCUGCAUGAGAAGGGGGACGGCUUCCCCAUCCUGUACGUCCGCUCCCACGCCGCGCGCCUGCCUGGCGGCCUGGUGCGGGACUGGCUGUUCCGCUGCAAGGAGAUGCUCGAGAAGACAGAGGGGCGCCUGGUGCUCAAGGCGCGCGAGAUCUCAGACCUGUACGGUCACUAUGUGCAGCAGGUCAAGGAGCGCGCCUACGGCCUGUCAGACCCCCACCGCGCCAUACUGCUGCGCAAGGCUAUGCACUACUUCAACACGCGCCGCCUGCACCUGGAGCGCCGCAAGCCGGGCGCCGUCGGGCUGGGAGCGCUGCCGGGGGCGGCAAGGGCGGCGGCUGCGGUGCUGUCCAAGCCGAUGAUCACGCACCUGAUCGCGGACGGCCUGGCGCCAGGUCAGCAGCUGUCCAAGAUGCUGGCGGACAUCCUGCUGGACAGCAGCGGCCUGGUAACCUUGGACCUGUCUAAGAACAACAUGGACGACGCGGCUGUGGCGGGGGUGAUGGACGCGCUGCGCAUCAACGAGGACAUGCAGAUACAGUUCCUGGACCUCUCAGGCAACUCCAUCAGCGCCCAGGGCUGCGCCGCGGUGGCCGAGACCCUGGGUUCCAACAGCAGCGUCUACGCGCUCAACCUGGCCGGCUGCCCCUGCCGCGACGAGGGGGCGAUCGCGAUCGCGGAGGCUCUGAAGAGCAACAUAGGGCUGUUCCGCCUCGACCUCACCGGCUGCCACAUCGGCCCCGAGGGCGCCAUCGCGCUGGCGACGGCGCUCAAACAGAAUUCUGUCCUCACGGUGCUCAGCCUCAGGGGGACACUCAUAGGCAACCAGGGCGUGGACGCCAUGUGCCGUGCGCUGCGCGCGAACAGCUUCCUUAAAGACCUGGACCUCAGCCACCUGGCGGUGGACGACAAGGCCGCAAACUGCAUCGCGCAGAUGCUGGCGGUGAACAAGGGCGUCGAGCGGCUGGUGCUGACCCACACCAACAUCACGGACCAGGGGGCGCAGCUCAUCUGCAACGCGCUGCAGACCAACGGCACCCUGCAGUCCAUAGACGUGAGCGGCAACGCCUCGAUGGACAAGUCGUGGCAGAAGCUGCUCAACCACGUGGCCAAGGGGAAGCCCAGGAGCUGA